UGCGAGAUAAGCUUGACUUCUGUUCUUCCUCCAGAUGUUAUGAAAUAAUAUCUGAGUGCGGAGCUGCAGGUGAAGCUGACAUCGUGAGGCUCAGACGACAGACAGACAGAUCAUCAUUUCAUGAGCUUCUCUGAGUUGUCUCCAUCAUGGAGGCGACGGGGAAAUAUGACUUCGCCGGCACAGCGGCGGACGAGCUGAGCUUCAGGAAGGGAGAUAUAAUCAAGAUUUUAGGCACCAAUGACGACUGGUUCAAAGCAGAAGUAAACGGCAUGGAAGGGUUCGUUCCACGGAAUUACAUCAACAUCAAUUUCCCAAGCUGGUAUCAGGAGAACACCAGCCGGUGAUCUUGAAUGCUGAUGUGAAUAUAGACGUGUUAUUCAUGUGUGUGUGUUUGCGCCGUCAGACAUGAGAACGACGUGCAGCACUUUAAAGUGAUGAGAGACCGGCACGGUCAGUAUUACCUGUGGAGCGAGACCUUCAGCUCCCUCAACAGACUGGUGGAGUUCUACACACACAACUCCAUCUCCAAACAGAGCUGCGUCUACCUGCUCACAGAGCAGCGGAAUACCUCUGAUUUCCUGCACAGGAAGUCUGCUGAACCGCCGCCCAUCUCUCAGGAGAGACACAAUUACAGAACACCAGCUCCAGCCUAUCCUCGCCCACCCGAACCCUCACCUCCACCACCACCACCACAGGCGUCUGCGCUGCAGGUUCGGGCCAUGUAUGACUUCACUGCGGAGGACGCAGAUGAGCUGAACUUUCACGCUGGAGAUAUUAUCGAGGUUUUAGAUCAGUCCGAUCGUUUCUGGUGGAAAGGUGUUCUACGCGGGAGAAACGGACUCUUCCCCGUCAACUACACCAAUCCUGUUUGAGGAUCCGUGACACAGACGUUUGGCUUAAAAUCCGUUUCACCUUCUGCUCUGUUGCAUAAUCAUGAUAUAUGCGUAAAUAUUACAUUAACAGCUCUGAAUUUAAGAAACACAUUUUCACCUUAUCAUGUGUACAGAACAUACGUGCACACACACACAUAUGCGCACACACAAACACACACACACACACAGACACACACACACACUCUC